UACCACCACCUUAACCCCUGUCUUAGUUGUCAAGCCAAACAACCAGUACAGGUAAUUGUGUUAUCAGGUGUCCCAGCCAAACCCAAAUCAAUAGACAGACAUACAUGUGAGUAGGACAAUAUGCGCGAUGACUGUCUCCUUCCUGUAUUGAUCAAUGACUUGUUUCACUGCACUAAAUCAAUGAGGACAGCAUUCGUUUAGCAUUAAUGCGCGCCACAGGCACCGACGCUACUAUACCAUUGGUAAACACCGUACUUCAUGUCCAUGACUUUACCUGAGGUUGUCAGCAGUGCAGCAUGAUGACAGUAUCGUCUAACUGAAUAGGCAGUGAUGAUCCAUAGCAACAGCGAGCAUUUCUGACUGUUACUGGCAUCUGAGUCAGACACAAGCACCUUUGACUUUCCUGUCUCCUGACUGCUGAGUGUUAUGGUUCAUUAGUUACUGUAGAGUGUCCAUCACAAUGUGGAUUAUGUGAGGCAGGUGACCCAUCUGUCUGCGUAACCCUGAUUACUAAUUCACUACUGUUAGUAUGGAGAACCCUAGGUAUCAGAAGGCUGGGACUGCCCCCUGGUCUAAGUAUCCUUACUCCCAUAGUAGUAUCAUACAGAGUGCCGAAGGACUACUGCCAGGUGCUCAACUGCCCUCGAAGUAUGUUCAGCUGCCCUCCAUAGCCUCCCCACAACCCAGCGUAAAAAACCAGAUGGUGCCUUAUGGUUCUAAGGCGGGGAAUGCAACCCCACGAUCUGCACUAGAUGAAAUAGACACCGAGGACAAGUCCCGGCAAAUUGAGACACGUCUGGCUGUGGCAGAGAAGUCAAAUAGAGCUCUGCUGGAGGAGGUGGUGCGCCUACAAGGCGAGCUCAAGUCCUCAGCACGGCGCAAUGAGGACAUACUACGGGAGGAGCGCAAUGCGCGCAUGCAGCUAGAGAUUAGCUUGCAAACUAGUAGCGACCUGAUCGCUCAGAUGAAUGCUCGCAUAAAAAACACGGAGGAGAAAGUUCAGGAGGAGAAACUAGCUCUGAAUUCACUGGUGAACCACACCAAGAGUGUAGAACAGGCUGUGUUGGGCAGUCAGCAGGAACUGCUCAGCAAGAAGGACACACAUGGAUCACAAUUACAAGAGGUGCGCGCUAACCUAGAGGAGGCUCUAACAGCCAAGAGCACCCUGGAGCGCAUGUGUUACAGCCUGAUGGAUGACAUGAGGCAGUUGAAGGCUCGUGUGGAAGCCCAGGGCUCAGAGUUACAAACCACGUCUGCGGAUUUGAAGCAGAGAACAAGGAAACUUGAGGAUGAGCAGCGAGAAGCAGUGACGUCACUGAAGCAGCAAGGGAACAGUCGGGCAUCAGCUGAGCAAAACACAUCCCUUCUCAGGGGGCAAAUAGAGAACAGGUUAUCAGAAUUGCGUGAGGUAAUUUUGAACCUGAGGACCAAACAAGAUGAGGAGAUGGAGGAGAGACGUAAGCUGGAGCAGCGCGUGCAGAGCAGACUGAACGAUGUCAGUUCCACCGUGGCUCAACAGAACACAAAGCGAGAUGAGUUCCUGCACUCGCGGGACUUGAUGCAACGAGAGAAGGAGCAUGAGGCGAACACGGAAAGGCUGAAGCUCCAAAACAAAAUGGCUGAGAUGGUGGAGGAAGUCAGCAGAAAAAUCCUGGCCAAGGAAAUGAAGCUGCGAGAAGAAGCUCAAGAGAAAUACCUGCAGCUGGAAAAAAUUGUCACAGAGGAACAAGACGCAAGGCUGCAGUUUGAAAAAGCCCUCAGGGAUGAGAACGAGAAAAGACUGAGUUCUCUGAAAGCUCUGGAGGAUGAGGAGAUUCACACCCUCAGAGAGGCCAUAAAGAACGACAGAGGCAGAACCAAAGACACCAUACAGAAGCUGGACGAGUCCAUUUCACUGCUGGAGAAGCAAGUGCUGGAAAACAAAAAGGGAGUGGAGAAAGUGAUGACAGCUGAAAUAAAGUCACGCAAACAUCAUGAGAAAUCGACACAGAAUAAGUUGGAUGAUGUUCAGGAGAAGCUACAGGUUGCCACAGCUACACUACAGCAGGCUAUUGGAGGAAUUAAUGCUCAGGUGACUCUCCAUGAUGACCAGCUACGCCGUGAAAUGAAGACGAUGUUAGAGGAUGCAGAACAGGCGAGAACGCGUGCGCUGGCCGACAUGGAUGCUCGCCUGACCUCCCUUAAGGGUAAGAUGGGACUGACAGAGGAUAUGGUGGAGGCCAGGAUUGCGGCAGGACUAGUCAAGCAUAGGAAUCCAGAGGAAAAGGAACUUGAAGAGGCCUCUUCUGUCCUGGGCCAGAACCUCAGGGAUAGACUGGAGUCUGUGAGCCUGUGGCAGGACAUGACCAAUGGGACAGUACAGGACUUUAACAGAACAAUCCAGAAACUCACUGACCAGGUUUAUCAAUUAGAAGAAAAGUACAAGUUGUUAAAAUCCGAAAUCAACAUUAGAGUAGAUGGUGAGGCAGAUCAUAGGUUACGGGAUGUGACAGGCUUACAAACACAGAUCGCUGAACUCGGCCACUCCAGUAGCAGGAGCCCUCGUGCCCCCACCAAUACCGACAUUGCCAUAUGUCAACAGAGUAUCCGGAAGCUGGCAGAGUCCAUUCAGACAGUGAAGACGGUGUUGGGGAUGAAGAUCCAAUCAGAGCAGAAACUGAGGGUGGAAGAGGUGAAUGACCUUCAUCUCCAGGUAGUCAGCCUCAAGGCCAUGGUGGAACCUCUGGUUGAUGCUCCGCCUCAGCCGCGACUCUUUAUAACAGACCCUGAUGAGAAGGAUCGGAAGAGGGCAGAAAAACACGCCCCCGCCAUCAACAAGUGGAGUAUCUAUACUGCCUACAGGUGGUGCAAAUGGCGAGACGCCAUGAUGAAGUUACUCCCGGCUAAAUCCAAACCGUCCUCUGCAGAUCUUCAGAGAAAGCUGAACGAGCUAUUGAACACGGAGCCGGAGAAGUCUAAUGACUCGGAAAGCGAUAGCUCGGAAGAGAGCGAUAAAAAGGGGAAAUCUCCAAGCGUGUCAUCAGACAGUAGCGACUCGUCGUCCGAGUCGGUGAAGGACGAGGACAACAAACCGUCCAAGAAGAAGACGAAGAAAGAAGAAGAGUCGGGGCCUGAAUCUGAAAGUGACGACGACAUGGGGACGCGAAAAAAGUAACCCUGAAUGGACUCUGAAGUAAAAAAUUCAAUAAUGAAUGUGCUAAUUUGCCUUAUAAAUGUAUACUCAUCUCGCGGGUUCGAGACGUUGUUGUUGUUGCACUUUAUACUUACUGUGAUAUCUAUAUAGGCCUACAUGCAUGAGAUAUUGAACAUCACCGUGAAGUGGGCGGGCAGUUGUUAUAGCGGUGCACCAGACGAUACCAGGGAAGUGUCAUAGUGCUGGAAGAUGGACAGAUGUUAUAGGGGUGCACCAGGCGAUACCAGAGAAGUGUAAUGGUGCUGGAAGGCGGAGAGGUGUUAGAGCGGUGCACCAGGCGAUACCAGAGAAAUGUGAAGGUGCUGGAAGGCGGGCAGAUGUAAAAACGGUGCACCAGAGGAUACCAGGGAUGCGUUAUGUGUGAUGUAUCAGGUUGUAACAGACCGACACAACACCAGCAAUGCCCUGUGCUUGUUAUCACAGGUUGUUACAACGGGCAACACCAGCAGUACUGGUAUAUUGUGCUUGUUACAGAAGGUUGUAUCUCAACAUGUUGUAUUUGUAACCUGUUGUAUCAGAGCGACAAUAUACCAACAGUGUGUUGUGUUUGUUAUAACGACAUUGUGCGAUGUACUGAAUGUGCUGUGAUCUGAUGUAAUGGAAUGGCAGUAAUGAUAAAGAUGUGAUAGUGUGGAAAAUAAUGAUAAUUAUGCUGGCUUGAGAGGUACAAGGAUAUUAAUUACUUGCCAAUGCGUGCCUGAUUGGUAUCAAGGGAACAAAAAUCGAUUCCACCUAUUUUUUUGAACUAUUUUGUUUUGUGUUGUACCAAGGGUAAUAUUCCCAGCUCACCAUCAUGUAUACGUACCGUGUGUUUUGAGCUGUUGUUUUAUAAAAUAUAAAAGUACGUAAAGUACGUAUGGAAUUGAACCUUGAAUGAUCCUAUUGGGGCGGCUAUGGGCCACAUUUGCAGCGAUGUAGACCACUGUACUGUGGGACAGACUAUCACAACUUUCAUAUAUACAUCUUGAAAUUGUUAACUUUUCUUAAUUAGGUGCAUCAUGUUGUAAAUAGGCCUACUCAGCUUAUCACAACUUCCAUGAUGACGAUAUUAAAUUUGGACAUUUCACGCAAAGAACCAAUUAAUGUUUCCGUUUUAUUUAAGAAAGUGCCUUGUCAGUGCCAAUAUCAUUGAAAACGGGCACUAUCAAAAAGUACCUUGUCAAUGCCAAUAUCAUGGAAAACGGGCACUAUCAAAGAAAGUACCUUGUCAGUAGCCUACCAAUAUCAUGGAAAACGGGCACUAUCAAAGAAAGUACCUUGUCAGUACCAAUAUCAUGGAAAACAGGUACUAUCAAAGAAAGUUCCUCGUCAGUGCCAAUUUCGUGGAAAACGGGCACUAUCAAAGAAAGUACCUUGUCAGUGCCAAUAUCAAGGAAAACAGGCACUGUCAAAGAAAGUACCUUGUCAGUACCAAUAUCAUGGAAAACCGGCACUGUCAGAGAAAGUACCUUGUCAGUACCAAUAUCAUGGAAAACAGCCACUGUCAAAGAAAGUACCUUGUCAGUGCCAAUAUCAUGGAAAACAGGCACUAUCAAAGAAAGUACCUUGUCAGUGCCAAUAUCAAGGAAAACAGGCACUGUCAAAGAAAGUACCUUGUCAGUACCAAUAUCAUGGAAAACCGGCACUGUCAGAGAAAGUACCUUGUCAGUACCAAUAUCAUGGAAAACAGCCACUGUCAAAGAAAGUACCUUGUCAGUGCCAAUAUCAUGGAAAACAGGCACUAUCAAAGAAAGUACCUUGUCAGCGCCAAUAUCAUUGAAAACAGGCAACGUUAAUAUUUGAGGCAACUUCUAAAUUCAUGACAUCUAUACAUUUUUUCACGCUUCAUCCUUUAUGUGUUACAUUUUUCGGGUUUCAUGGAAUAAAUUUUAUGUAGUAGCGCAGCAUGUUUGAGUUUAUAGCUACGUUUUUAAAAUGCAGCAUAUUUCCACCAUAAUGGUAGGCAGCUUAAUAAACAGCUUAAUUUAAGGCUCCUAAGACUACGCUGGAUAGGCCUACUGUGUUUGGCCAGAAUGUACACAGCGUUUGCCAGAAAAUGUAAUUGUUUCACACACAACAAGGUUGUGCUAUCAAAAAACCGUUCUGUUUGUGAAUAAGGCUUAUAAAAUGUAGACCUACCAUUUCACUUCUUGCAAAAAGGAUGUCUUCCUGGCAUCGACUUGUCGGUCUCUUAAGCAUAGUGCUGUUUUGCACAGACGUUACUUUGUAUUGGUGAUAAUCUCGUAAUGUCUGUCUUCUACUUGCCGGUCGUUGUUACUCGGGGACUUACCUUACCUAAAGACACAAAAGUAUACGCCCAUACAGUUUAACAUGCAUGAAGUGUAAUACUAGUAUCUGUGAUCUGCGGUAUAGAGUGCACAUUCUGGCGUGAACAGUCUGCCAGUUUCGAGAAUCCGUGAUUUUUAAAAAUAUGAAUGACGGUUGCCGUUUUUUUCUUAAUUAGGGGAUUUUGCAUUUGUGUAAGUGUAGUUAAUUUACCGUGACACAAUUCAGUGUAUGAGGUAAAGAAAGACAAUGUACAGUAAAUUAGUUUAGUAGAUCUAUUUGUGAAACUUGUGAUUUGUUGAUGAUGACAUUCUCUGGUGUUCUCUGAUCAAGUCGUUGUGGUUGUUUUAUAUUUAUUAACGUUUACAGGGCUAUUCAAGCCUCGGCAAUGCAUUCUCCUGACGCUGAUGUUGAUAUUUUUGCGCUUUGUUUUCUAAAUGAAAUUAUCUUGUUCACAAAACUCUGUGUUGUCUAUUCGAACCUGUGAGUUCAGAUAUUAACAGAAUGGGAAGAGACCUUUGGCAGGAACUGGUUUCCUUUUGUCUGUAGUGCCUACAGUACAGGCCGUCGCUCGUUCCAACAUGAACCAUACCUGAGAUUUCUUCUUUAAAGGAAACGUUGCGGCACAAUUUCACCGUAUAGGUCCGAAGUACCCGACGUAACCGAGAGAUCACAGACGGAUACGAAGUUAUUUCUUUGGACAACAAUUCAUUGCGCUGCAAAGA